AGGGGGUCUCUGUGUCGCCUGUCACUUGGCGGAGGCAUCCGCUGAGCGAGGGCCUCCGUUUCGCCUCUUCCUCUUCCUUCCGAGGAAGCCUUCGAGGGCCCCCGAGUGAGGCCCCUCCGCGGGCGGCCAUGCAGCCUCCCGGCCCCCAGCACCUGCCCCCUCCUGCGCCUCCUCCGCCUCCCCCUCCGCUCUACGCGCCCGGCAACGGGGACUUCACCUUCGUCUCUUCGGCCGAGGCCGACGAUCUGAGUGGUUCAAUAGCAUCUCCAGAUGUGAAGCUCAACCUUGGAGGAGGAAGUGGGGAAUUUGGUAAAGAAUCUACAGCAACUACGUUCCUGAGACAAAGAGGCUAUGGCUGGCUUUUAGAAGUAGAAGAUAAUGAUCCUGAAGAUAAUAAACCUCUCUUGGAGGAGUUAGACAUUGAUCUGAAGGAUAUAUACUACAAAAUCCGGUGUGUCUUGAUGCCAAUGCCUUCCCUUGGAUUUAACAGACAAGUAGUAAGAGAUAAUCCUGACUUCUGGGGUCCUCUGGCAGUUGUCCUGUUCUUCUCAAUGAUCUCAUUAUAUGGGCAAUUCAAGGUUGUAUCCUGGAUCAUAACUAUUUGGAUAUUUGGAUCCUUGACAAUCUUCCUGUUGGCCAGAGUUCUUGGAGGAGAGGUAGCAUAUGGUCAAGUUCUUGGAGUUAUUGGAUAUUCUUUACUUCCUCUUAUUGUAAUAGCACCUGUACUUCUGGUGGUUGGAUCAUUUGAAGUUGUUUCUACGCUAAUAAAACUUUUUGGAGUCUUUUGGGCUGCAUACAGUGCUGCUUCCUUAUUAGUUGGAGAAGAAUUUAAAACUAAGAAGCCUCUCUUGAUCUACCCCAUCUUUCUAUUGUACAUUUAUUUUUUGUCCUUGUAUACUGGAGUGUGAUCUGCUAUAUUGGAUUUGGACAGGAAAAAUGUCUUGCUCACUAUGAAGGUUGGUGGAGUCACCUGAUUGAGACAACAACUGCAAGAGACUUUGUCAUAUCUGGCUGUCAGGGGUUCGAUGGUAAUCUAAAUAUAUCUGUGUAUUAUAUUUAAGCAGUUUUACUUACAGUAAAAAUUUAUAACAGAGUUUUAGGUUUAAGAUUUGUCAGAUUUCUAUUGAACAAAGAACAUUGUGUAUUUAUAAUCUGAAACUGCAGAACUGCACGAGUUUGUUACCUGUGCCAAAAGCACUAGGGCCAUUUGAUAAGUUAAACUGAAGUGGAAUUCCAGUUACUGGUGAUAGUUCAAAAGUUUCAUGUAUUCAGCACAGAUUCUAUAGAUGUAUUUUUGAAUUAGUUUUGGGAUGAUUGUUCAGUCUGGUAAUCAAGACAUGACAUUUAAUGUGGUGCCUUGAACACUCUUGAUUUGACUGUUGACUUAUAAAUUCUGAUUUUUUAAAAAAUAUUUUAUGUUUAUCUAUAUAUAGUAGGCUUAUGAUAUUUAAUUGUUAACAGGAUUGACAGAUUACAUAAUAAUUGGAAGAUCUAAGUGUCUGAACCAACUGUGUAUGUGCUCUAGGAAAACAUUCUUCUACAAUGUUGUUUUUGAAGUCUCUUUAAAAAGUAAUUUUUUAAUCUGGCUUUACAGUAGUGGUGAUAAUAGAAGAGAAAAUAUUAAAUUAUCGUUAUGAUUCUGAACAAUGUCUUACAGUGGAAUAAACAUUGGUUCUCCAAAACUGCUUUGUUUUAUAACACCUUGAUUUGCAUUUCUGACCUAAUGGUUCAGGGUGUGGUCAUAUAUUGUUUUAUGGUAAAAGAGCACUCCUUAAUAACAAGAUCUCAUGGUACCCUUAUGACUAACAAAUUUAUUACAGGGCGAGCUUUCAUUGUCUAUAGUCCACUUUAUCUGGUUUUUGAAGUGUAAUCCAGAAUUUCAGGACAUACAGUACAUGUGGAAACUGUGGAAAAUAAAGUGGGCUGUAGGCUAUGAAAGCUCAUACAGUACUAUAAUAAAUUGCUCUUUAAGGUAUCUGUGUUAUUGCUGCAAAAGCCUAAAGUGGCUAUUCCUUUUGAUUUUCCUUAAUAAGGCUCCACACUUGAUAAAUUAGAAUGACAGGUACUGAUUAUGCACAAAUUUAAAUAUACAUUUUGAUGACCAAGAUAACUAAAUAUAUUAGUGGCAUCAAUAUUGUUGGUAUAAAUUAGUUUACCCACAAAAGAACUUCAAGAAGUUGCAUCACUAAAGUAAUAAUUUGUUUAAAGUGUUUCAGCUUUUCCAAAAUAGAUCUAAAACCCAAUCCAGUCAAGGACUUGUGUAUAUAAGUAGAAUUAUGUCCAACUAUCAUUCUGCUCAAUUGGUAGCCACAAGCAUAUCCUGAAGGUGCAUCUAGUUGACCAGCCAAAGAAUGCAGUCAGAACUUUUACUGAUUUAAGUGGGGUGUGAUUUAAGUGGGAUUUAAAUAGGAUGCACAUCUCCAUUCACAAUCUUGGAUAACUUGUCAUGCAUUCAUCUCUAAAUUUAUAGUUUUGUUCUUGAUUAUAUAUGUCUGAUGUUGUACCCUUUUGUGAAAAGGGCGCUAAAGGGCGUUGUUUAGACCUGAACUGUGUGUCAGCCUUUGACAAUUGGGACAGCUGAGACAGAGGAAAACCCACAACCUCUGUCUUGCAAACUUGCUAAUACAUUACAACUCAGAUUGCAAAAAGGGUAUUUGUAUUGAGUCCUAAAAAGUCUAUUUAAAAUAAAGAAUUAAUUUUAAUUAAAUGGAAACAGUAUUUGUUAUUUUUCUGACUAACAUUCUGCUAUAGUUUAUCACUAAAUUACAACAAGGACCAAGUUAGUUUGUGUUAAUUCUCUAAGCCAAAUAAAACCAUUAUUGUAAUGUUUAAAAGUUGCAUAGUAAAUAGUCAAUAUGUAGAUAUUAAAACAUGACCUUAUUUCAGUUGAAGUUAUUUCAUGUUAUCAGUGUUCAGGAUCACAAUCUUAAAAGAGUUCAAAAUAUAGCUGUGUUAGUCUAUAGAAUUGGUAUGUAGAGAGAUCUUGUAGCACCUUUGAGACUAACUGAAAGAAAGAAGUUGGCAGCAUGAGCUUUCACAGACUACAGCCCACUAAAAGCAUCUGAGGAAGUAGACUGGAGUCUACGAAAGCUCAUGCUGCCAACUGCUUUCUUUCAGUUAGUACAAGAUCUCUCGACAUACUAAUCUUAUAAGAGCUAGCUCUAACUUUUUCCUGCAUAUUGCCCUACAAAUUCAACUCCUUUAGUAAAAUUAAAAUCUUGGAAAGCUUGGUAUAUAUGCAUCUUUUAUGAGUGCAUAUAGUUUUCAUUUCUAAGAAUCCAACAACAAUCCAACACUGUUAAUCAUAUCCCAUGAUUACUUGAACAACAUAUGCACAAACCCAUUUUGUAUUAUUUCAUAAAUCCACUUACAAAAACUUUGGCGGUAAUGGUCUCGUUAAAAACAGCACUUGCUAUGUAAUCCUAGAGUGACUGUGAUCUGAACAGUGCAUAACAAAGGGCCUUCCAGCUAUAAGAUUCUGACUAUAUUUUGUUAUUAUUUAACAAAAAAAGGCAUACUGUAUAUUUGAGAAAAGAAUUCUACAUAAAUGAAAAUACACUACAUUUCUAUUUAAGUUUAAAUGUUAUUUUUGCAACUUUUGUAACGUUAUUCAUUUAUGGACUGGUAUAUUGAUUGAAAAGCUUUUUCUGACUUCAUUGUAGACACAUUUGGAUAUAAG